AUGGGAAACCCGAUCAAAUAUCUUGUGACAGGUGCAUCCAGCGGCCUGGGCGGAUCUGUCCUUGCAACAUUAUACAACAACGUCUCGGAUCAUUCACAAAUCGCUGCGGCCUCCUCAAGACCUGAAGUUGGCUUUCAGCUGCAGCAAAGCUAUCCUGGAAUCCAAUUCCGGAAGCUAGACUACAACGAUCCGAGCUCGCUUGUAGAAGCGUUGCAAAGGGUUGAGCGUUUGUUCUUCGUCUCUAGCCCCCUGGUGGACACCGAGAAACGGAACAAACAGCAUGAGCAAGUGGUAAUCGCUGCUGUAGAGGCAGGAGUCGGCCAUGUGUAUUACUCCAGCCUUGCCUUCGGGGGAUACGGGUCAGAGUCAACAGCUUCCGUUCAGCAAGCUCAUCUUGUGACCGAGAAGCUCUUGGAGAAUUCUGGGUUAUCUUACACCUCCGUUCGUGAGGGUGUAUACACCGAUGCCUUCCCCGUCUUUCUUUUCUGGUACCCAAACACAACAACCAUUUACCUUUCCGGUGAUGGCCCUGUCGCAUUCGCAUCCCGCGACGAAUUGGGCGAAGCUACCGCGAAACUCAUGCUCCGUGACCCAGCAAGCUUGAGGCUAAAAAACCACAUUGCCCUGCUUACGGGUUCCCGUACUUACACGCUAACGGACGUGGUGAAUGCUGUAUCUGACGCCACAGGCAAGAAACUUGAGAUCAAGAGGGUACCAAAGGAGGAGUUCCCUCGUAUUAUGUCCGUGGAAGAUGCACUGGAGGGCCGAGGAGGAAAGUCAGAAGCCUUCUUUGCGAGCUGGCAGAGUUUAGUAGAGUCAAUGGAAAAAGGAGAUGCCGCAAUGGUAGACCCCCUGAUGGGAGAGUUGCUGGGGAGGGAACCGCGAGAUGCUAUAGAGUAUGUGAAGGAGCUGGUGAAAGAAGGGGCAGAUAAAGGGGGCUAUACAUGGCAUCAAAAUUAUAGCUAA